CUUUUAUUUUCAUCGUCAGAAAUUGAAAGAUGAUGACAGUGACGGUGAUAUCAUCUAAACUAUUUCCAAUUCCGAUUCCAAUUCCAAUUCCAAUUCAAAUGAAUCUCGUGUUCACCAUUCCUUCCCCAUUCCAGACCUCUAAAAUAUCAUGUUGUUUUCACCCAAAACCGGGCAGAAGAAGCACCUCGCGUAUGUCGGGAGUUCCGGCGCGGGACAGAGUGAUAGAUUUGGGGAAAUACAGUGGUAAAAUGCUGGGGAGCUUGCCGUCUUCGUACCUGAGGUGGGUGUCGAAGAAUCUGAGAGCGGGUGAUACGGAAGAGUGGGCCAAGCUGGCUGAUCAAGUGCUCACCGACCCUGUUUACAGAGACCGAAUCGAGUGGGAGUUGGCCGACAAGAUUCUCAGCGGAGGAAACGAAACCCUGUCAUCUGGGAGAAAUGCUGUGUCGGAAUUGCUGGAAAUCAGCAAGAGAUUUGGGUGGGACAACGAAGAUAAGCGUGGGUGGAGUAAGGUUGAUUUUGGGUUGUUGGGCACGUCCAAGGGAGGGAGAAUACCCCGAGUGGGGGCGAAGGAGGAGACUGCAGGUGAAAUAAUGAAGAAGAAGAAGAAGAAGAAGAUUAAAGCGGAGGAGGAGGAAGAAGAUGGAGGGAAAAGAAGGGAGAGGAGAGAGAGGGUAAGGCGGCGAAUGGAGGCGGGGGGCUGUGGAAACAUUAAGGAUGAUGAACAAGAAGAAGAAGAAGAAGAAGGAGGUUUGGUGAGUGGGCCUGCAGCUGGAUAUGGGCAGAGGAGGAGGAGUAGCCCAUUUCCGGGGAGAGAAGCACUGAUGAACAAGGUUCUUCUUAAUCGCCAAAACAUUGUCUAAUUCACCGGCCACACCCACACACCUACUUGCUGCUAUUAAAUUUUCAUUCUUUACUCUUUCUUUUCACUCUACUCAACCCACUCUUUCAUCAGGGUUACUGUAAUCUCUCUGUCUGUAUAUUAAUUAACCUUGUUAUUUUAUUAUUAUUAUUAUUGAAUACAAUUAUUAUUAUAAAAAACAAGAGUUGCGUAUGCGUAUGCGUAUGCGUUACGAGUUACGACUUAGGUGAGUGAUUUUGUCGGUUUCCUUACCAAUGAAUGAAUGAACAAAUUUACCCCACGCC